AUGAUUGAAUAUACAAAUCGAAAUAAAAUGGAAGAAACAACUGCAAGAGUAUUUGCUCGUUUACAUCAUAUGAAAAGUGUAUUAUAUAAAACAAUUAAAAAAACACCUAAAUUUUGUGGUGGUAUUACAAAUCGAAAUGGUACAUAUUGUUCUCCAACAAGUUAUAUUUCCACGACAGAUAAUGAUGAUGAUGAUGACAACUUAUAUGAUCCGACAAUUACAUUAACUAAUAUUACAUCUGAUGAUACGAUUUCAUCUAUCAGUGGAGAUUCAUUAGAUUCUGGUGUGUCUGCAUUGAGUGACUUUUCACACUGUUCAUUAUUAUCGUCAACAUCAUUGCUUCAUCGUUCAGUGACACUACCACAAUCAUGUCAUUUAAGGUGUGAUCCAUCCGUAAUCAAUUAUGUUUCACAUAAUCUAUUGACCACCGAUUGUUCGGAAUGUUUUCUUAAUGAAAUUGAUGAAUCAUCAUCUUCAACGCAAUUACCAUUAGCUGAAAGUAGUCGACGUUUUAUUUAUGAAAAUGAUCCAACUAUUAUUGCUGAUGAUGAAGAUGAACAGAUCGGUCCAUUAACAUCUACAUUAGUCGAUCGUUGGCAUGUUGUAACGAAAAGUUAUUCGGCAAUAUUUCGUCAAGAUUUAACUGUACGAAAAAAUGAAUUAGUACAAGUGCUUCGUUGUACACAUCCGCACUGGGUUUGGGUACGAAAUGAAGAAAGUGAAGAAGGUUAUGUACCACAAGAUUGUCUCGCAACUUCAUCAUGA